CUUUGCCAACCUUUAAGGUCUCCCCAAUAUGAGUUCCCGUAUGAGUGUUCCUCUCCAUAUCAUUUUCCUCGUCGCACUAGCCCUGGCGCUGAUCCCUCUGUCCAUCGCCCAGGACUCUCCCCAAGACUACGUCGCCGCCCACAACGCGGCCCGCUCUCAGGUCGGUGUCGGCCGAAUCACUUGGGACGAGCGGGUUGCUGGCUAUGCCAGGGAUUAUGCUAAAAAGCACGCCAGGGAUUGCACACGGCUGGUUCACUCAGGCGGACCCUAUGGGGAGAAUCUCGCGUGGGCUUCCCCUGAUCUCACCGGCACGAGAGCGGUGAACAUGUGGGUUGGGGAGAAGCCGUACUACAACUACAAUUCCAACUCGUGCGCGUCAGGAAAGGUCUGCGGACAUUACACUCAAGUGGUGUGGCGCAACUCGGUUCGGCUUGGAUGCGCGAAGGCCAAGUGUGCAACGGGCGGUACUUUGGUCACUUGUAACUAUGAUCCUCCCGGCAACUAUGUAGGUCAGAAGCCUUAUUGAAAAAGAACUUGUAUCUUGGAUGAUGAACAAUCAUGUCAAAAUAAUGCCCUAUUAGGAUGAGGCAAGAGCUUUAUACGCAUCAAAAUUCAAUAAAGUCAUGUGAAUGAUGAAGGCAAAUCUAUUUGCCGAUUAAGUUUUUCUCUUUCAAUAA